AUGGAGCUCUUCUUUCUCUUCUUCUUCUUCUUGAUUUCCCUAUUCUUGGCUUCUUCCAUUUCUUUUGGUAUUUGUUCCUUAGCUUAUAAAACCAAAGAAAAUUUCACUCGGCCAACAAUUCCUCCGGGAAGUUUCGGUUGGCCAAUCAUUGGUGAAACCCUUCAAUUUUUGGCUGCAAUGAAAGAGGGAGCAGUGGAAAAUUUUGUCUCAAAGAGAACAACCAAACACACCUCAAAAGUUUUCAAAACUUGUAUUCUUGGUGAGAAUUUCAUCAUAUUUUCUGGUGCUGCUGCAAAUAGAUUCAUCUUUUCAAAUGAUGGCAAGUUGUUCAUACGCUGGCGCCCUCCCUCGGUCCAGAAGCUCUUCCCCUCCACAGCACUUGUGCCCAUUGAAAAUGAUGCUGCCAAGGCCAGGAAGUUCAUAUCCUUGUUCUUCAAGUUCAAUGAGACUCACAAAUUUGUGGCAUCAAUUGACUCCAUUUCAAGAACCCACUUCAAGAGUUACUGGGAAGGCAAAAAUGAAGUUAAGGUACAUCCUCUAGUGAAAAUGCACACAUUCACCUUAGCUUGCCAUUUAUUUAUGAGCAUCGAUGACAAGGAGAAAUUGUCCAAGUUUUUGUGCCACUUCAAUAUUCUCACCAAAGGCAUACUAUCUGUACACUUAAACAUCCCGGGUACACCAUUUUAUCAUGCAAUAAAAGCAGCAGAAGCUCUCAGGAAAGAGAUUUAUGUGAUUGUGAAGGAGAGGAGGGAAGCCUUGGCAAAUAAUUUAGCUUCUCCAACACAGGAUGUGCUAUCACAAAUGAUUGCUUUGCCAUGCGACCACGAUGGGUUCAUGACAGAAUUGGAGAUUGCAGAUAAGAUUUUGGCAUUUCUGAUUGGGGGCCAUGACACUACGACUGCCACUAUCACUCUCUCUAUGAAAUAUCUUGCAGAGAUGCCUCAUGUCUAUAAUGAAGUUGUAAGAGAGCAAAGUGAGAUUAUAGGGCUAAUGAAGCCAAGAGAAGUGCUAUGUUGGGAUGAUAUACAAAAAAUGAAGUAUACUUGGAACUUUGUGAACGAAGUGAUGAGGAAUACAACAAUUGUUCAAGGUGCUUUUAGAGAAGCCAAGACAGAUUUCUCCUACGAGGGUUAUGUCAUUCCAAAGGGUUGGAAGAUAUAUUGGAGUGUGGGUUCGACCCAGAAGAACUCUGAAUACUUCUCAGAGCCAGAAAGGUUUAAUCCAAGAAGAUUUGAAGAAAAUGGACCUUCUCCUUACACAUAUGUUCCUUUUGGGACAAGUCCUUUGAUGUGCCCAGGAAAGGAGUAUGCUAGAGUGACUGUUCUUGUCUUCCUCCAUUACGUAGUGAAGAUGUUCAAAUGGGAACCAAUUCUUUCCAAUGAGAAAAUUAAAAUCGAGUUGGCCCCUGUUCCAUCAAAGGGGUUCCCAGUUUGGCUUUCUCCUCUUCAGAAUAAUUAGUGAAGGUUUUCUGGUUUUAUAUUUCUGAUAUGAUUUCAUUUUGUCAAUUUGUUCUGUUUGUAUUGAUAGGUUUCUCCUUGCAACGUGUAUGUUGUUGACUAUAUUAACCAUUAGCUUGCUAUAUGUUGCACGCAUGCCAUGAAUGUGCAUGACACCGUUGACACGUACUACAUUGUGG